CGCCCUUUUGAAACUUAAUGGUGGUGGUAGUUCCUUCCCCAGCCCAGUCUACCUCUCCUGGAUGCAGGCUUUCGAACUAUCACGAAAGGACUUCAAUGAUGUUGACAUUACCUAUGACGUAACAGGCAGCGGUAGGGGGCAAGAGAUGAUAAAGAAUGGCACUAACAAGGGCGAGCCAGUCAUCUUUGCUGGGUCAGAUUCCUUGCUGAAUGAGACCGAUCACCAACAGUACCCGGACUUACAGAUGUUACCAAUGAUUGCUGGAUCCGUCGUAUUGAGCUAUAACCUUCCAAAAAUCAACGGUAGACUCUUCUUGUCUCGAGACCAACUUGUUGGCAUUUACAAUGGGACAAUAACCAUGUGGAACGACGCAUCACUCCAAGCGAUGAACCCGGGCAUCAAUCUCCCAGCACAAAAAAUAAUCGUCAUCGCAAGAAUGGACAAAUCAGGAACCACGGAAAUAUUCACAUCGGCGCUGUCGGCGAUUUCGCCCGAAUGGAAUGCAACAUACGGGACAUUCAGCCAGGGUGUGGACUCAGAUUUGGUGCCGGUGCACUGGAAUGCUUCGGUUGUGGACUAUUUUGGAUAUCAGGGGCGCGGCGCAUCGGGUCUGAUUUUAAGUUUUCCGUAUUCAAUUGGAUAUAUGUCACUGGCAGAUGCUGUCGAUUCGGAUAUGCAAUACGCUUAUCUUGUGAACAAAGCGGGAAAUAUCAUCGAGCCGACAAUGCAAAGUGUUCAAAGUGCAAUGGACGAUUUCAUUGGGUCAUUUAACAAGUAUUUCACGGCUUCUAUCAUAGAUGCCCCCGGUGAUUAUUCCUAUCCUAUAGCAGCGUAUAGCUACUUCAUAGUCUACAAAACAGGCAUGAAAGAUUGUGACGCGGCCAUUGAGCUUGUCAGAUUCAUCGAGUGGGCCUUUAAUGACGAAUUUGCAAGACGUAUAUGCGAGAAACAUCACAUGGUUUGUCUAAGUAAACAGGUCGUCGCAAAGGUAUUCAACGAUGUCCUAAAAACCCUCACAUGUGGGGAUGGAACCAAUGUGGACAAAGCCGUAGAGGAUCAACGCUACUGGGAGAAAUUAAGCCAAGAGACGUGGAGGAUCCCAACGUAUGUCGGCGUCCCUCUAACGCUUAUCUUUAUCAUUCUCUUAUCGUUUGGCAUUUCGUAUCAGCAGUUUAAAAGAUACCGGCGGAUUUUGAAAGGGGAAUGGAAGUUGAACCUUUCAGAGUUAGUCCUGUUAAACGCCGGUGAUCGCACGAAGAGCUCCCAAUCUGUCAUGAGUAGUAAUACCAUGGAUGCACGGCACACUGUUCGCUGGGCUUUCUCUUCCAAGAUGAAGGUCGCCAUUUUGGAUGACGUCAAACUCAUGCUCCACGCGAUGGAGAACAUCCCACACGAGAGUAUCAGGUACACCACGAUGUUUGAGAUUCUCCGAAUGAAGGACACCAUUAAGGACACGAACAUCUGUAGCUUUUAUGGACUAGCCGUCAUUGAGGAUACCUACUAUCUUGCCCGCGAGUUCUGUGCCAAGGGAAUCCUUCAAGAAGUGCUUCAGGACGACAACUUUCAACUUGAUAUCAAUUUCAAAUAUUCCAUGGCAAUAGACGUUUGUCAAGGGAUGGUUUAUUUGGAGAAAAAGGGUAUUGUUCAUGGCUUUUUGACGUCUCACUGUUGUUACUUGGACGGGAGAUGGAAUGUUAAGAUAUCUGACUGGGAGAUAUCUAAGUUACAGUCCAUCCAAUUAUACAAUCUAGCUCAGGAUGUAAAAUUGUAUGAACCCGAGAAUUAUGCAGAUCUAUUCUGGACUGCGCCGGAAGUGUUGACAUCACGUGAGAAUAUCACGUGGCACAGUGACGUGUACAGCUUUGCUAUAAUUGCGUACGAGAUCUUCACCAGAGCGGGGCCUUACGAUGAUCAUCUGGACAUAUUGCGGGCCAGUGAAAUUGUUCAAAGAGUGAUGUCAGAAAGCCUACGUCCUAGGCUAUCAGGUCAAAUAGAUGUUCCCAACGACCUUCAUCCAAUCCUAAAAAGGCUGUGGUCAAAGAAAUUAGAGGAGCGCCCCAAUUUCUCAGCAACGAUGAAACUGUUGUCGAAAACCCGCAAGACCAGAAAGUGUGUUCUUGACUGCAUGAUGGACGCAAUGGCUGGUUACAUGAACAGCCUGGAGGAGAAGGUCAAUGAUAGGACUAAGGAGCUCGAAGGUGCCAUGAUGCGGGUGAAGACCGUCCUACAUCAGAUUUUACCGCCCGCCGUUGCCGAAAAACUUUCAAAUGGAGAGGCAGUGGCGCCAGAAUACUUCGAUUCCGUCACAAUUAUGUUUUCCGACAUCGUCGGUUUUACAACGAUUGCUUCUCUUCUGACUCCGCUCGAAGUGGUAGACUUUUUAAACUCCUUGUACCUGACCUUCGACUUGAUCAUAGACAAAUACGAUGUUUACAAAGUCGAAACAAUCGGCGAUGCCUACAUGGUGAUCUCCGGUCUUCCACACAAAAAUGGAAUCGAGCAUGCGCAGAACAUUGCAAACAUGGCGCUGGAUUUUGUUAAUGCUAUGAGCGGCGCAAGAAUUUUCAACAUGCCGAAGCGACCCGUUGAGCUCAGGGCUGGAUUCCAUUCCGGUCCCGUGACUGCCGGGGUUGUUGGGAUGAAGAUGCCACGAUAUUGUUUGUUCGGCGACACGGUAAACGUAGCCUCAAGGAUGGAGUCGACCUCAGUUCCUAUGAAGAUCCAGAUCACAGCGUCAUCUCACAAAUUACUUGUCCAGAUUGGCGGUUUCGUCAUGCAAGAGAGGGGUCAAACUGAAAUUAAGGGAAAGGGCAAGAUGACAACCUACUGGUUACUGCAGAGGAUCACACAGAAUAGUAAGGAUGGCGACUGCGUGUUCGUUAGCGUAAGGGAAUCACAGAAAUGCGAGGGUCCGUUGAUGUCCGUAUGAUUGGCCAGAC